AUGGCAUCCACGCCGCACCACACGGUCAAGGGCACGGUCGUGUCGGCGGCGGGUCCGCCGCCCGGCGGCGGUUCGUCCCCGGCGCUCCACCCCGGCGCGGCGAGCUCGAGCUGCUUCGCGGCCCCCGGCGCCGGCGCGCCGGCGCCCGCGGCGUCCGCGGCGUCGCUCUUCGCCGCCGUGAAGCAGAACGCGCCGCGCCACCUCGUCGAGGAGCUGCUGGGCGAGCUCGCGGCGGCGCACGGCGACCGCGCGGCCUGCGCGUCGCGCGACGACGGCGGCCACACGCUCGCGCACUGGGCCGCGAAGCGCGGCGACGCCGUCAUCUUGGAGUGGGCGCUCGCGCGCGGCGCGGACCCCGGCGCGCCGAGCGCCGACGACGUGGGCAUGCAGCCGCUCCACUGGGCCUGCACCGAGGGCCGCCUCGCCUGCGCGCGGCUCCUCGUCGACCGCGGCGCGGACGUCGACGCGCGCGACCGCCAGGGCUGCACCGCGCUCAUCGUCGCCGCGCAGUGGGGCCAGGCCGACGCGGCGGCGUACCUCGUCAAGGUCGGCGCGGACGUGCGCAUCUUCGACCGCCACGACGACUCGGCGCUCCACUGGGCGUCCUACAAGGGCAACCUCGAGAUCGUCGGCCUGCUGCACCACCUCGGCCUCCCGCUCGACGACGCGGACGCGUACGGCCAGACGCCGCUGCACCUCGCGGCGCUCCGGGGCAACCUCGCGGUCUGCGAGUAUUUGCUCGUCGACGCGGAGUGCGAGGCGCCGCCGCGGCUCGCGCCCGAGGACCGCAACGGCAAGACGCCCGCGGAUCUCGCGCGCGACAAGCGCCACGGCCACGUGCUCCGAUUCCUCGAGGACCGGCGGCCGGCCUUCGAGCAGGGCCUCGUCGCCUUUGCGAAGUCGAAGCUCGCGCCCGGCGCGUGCCUCGCGUUCUUCCUCGGCGGCUCGGCGCCGGAGACGAUGCGCUGGCCCUGGUUCGCCAUGGUCUUCAACAAGGUCCUGGCCCAGGCGCUCUACGUGAAGCUCUUCCUCGGCGCCUACGCGUCGGCGCCGCCGCCCCUCGACGUCGCGGCCGCGGGCGGCGCCGGCGCCGCCGCCGGCGCCGCCGCGGGCGCGCCGCCGUGGGCGCACGCGGUCGCGUUCAACACGCAGCUCCUCGCGUGGGCCGCGUUCGUGCUCUGCUGGCGCGGCGACCCGGGGACCAUCGACGGGGCGACGUGCCGCGGCGCGCUGCGGCGCGCCUACGACGCCUACUUCGAGCGCCUCGUCGACGGCACGGAGACGGGCGAGACCGCGUCGCUCUGCCACAGCUGCCACGUCGUCCGGCCGAAGCGGUCGAAGCACUGCCGCGCCGCGCGCACGUGCGUCAUGGCCUUCGACCACUACUGCCCCUACGUCGGCAACACCGUCGGCCUCUCCAACUACCGCUACUUCUACGCGUACUGCGCCUUUUUCACGGCCGCGGCGCUCCAGUGGGAGUUGCUCGCCGUCGCCUACCUCCGGGCCCGCGGCCGCCACUACGGCCUCAUCGCGGCCAUGGCCUGGUUCGCCCUCUUCAUCUGCUUUGGAUUGGCCAUGGUCGCGUACCACACGCGGCUCCUCUCGAAGAACCUGACGACGAACGAGCACGUGAACUUCGGCCGCUACGACCACUUCCGCGACGCCGAGGGCCGGCCGACGAACCCCUUCGACAUGGGCGUCUGCGCCAACGUCGCCGACCGGCUGCUCCCGCCGCCCGUGGACGCGCACCCCCUCGUCCUCGAGAUCGCCCGCGACGCGGACGCCACGAAGGCGCCGCCGGGGGGGGGCAAGUUCUCCGACUCCUUGCCGCUGUUGCGCUCGCCGUCGGUGAAGCAGAACCUGCGCGCGGCGGCGCGCCGCGUCGAGGGCGCCGGGUCCGGCGGGCGGAAGCCCGCGGCGGCGCGGCGGCCGGCGGCGGCGCCGGCGUCGCGGAAGCCCGCGGCCCGGCCCGCGUCGGCGACGCCCGCGCGGCGCGGCGCCGGGCCCGGGCCGCGGCGGCGGAGCGACCUCGACCGGCGGAGCAGCCUCGACGGCCUCGGGGGCCGCGCGCCGCUCGACGCGUCCGCGAGCUACCCGCCGUCCCUGCCCUGGGACCCGAGCGACGUGCCCGUGCCCGCGGCCGGCGGCGCCGGCGCGGCCCUCGCGCUCGCGCGCGGGGCCAUCGACGCGGAGCUCUUCGGCGCGUGCCGCGCGCUCCGCCGCGGCGACGCGGGCGCGGCGCGCGACGCCGUCGAGGCCGCCCUCGGCAACUUCGGCGACGCCUGCCGCGCCGCGGUCCGCGGCGCCCUCGACGGCGCGCGCGCCGAGGCCGCGGGCGACGCGGACGCGGGCGACGGCGACGGCGACUGCGCGCGCGCAUCCGCGCGCCUCGCGGCGCUCGAGCGCGACGGCGAGGCCGCCGCCGCCGCCCUCGCGCGCCUCGAGGCCGAGGCCGCCGCCUGGCGCGCCGCGCCCGCGGGCGACGCCGCGCUCGCCGCGCUCCGCGCGGCCGUCGCCGGCGCGGGCGCCGCGCCGGGCGACGACGCCGCCGCGCGCAUGGAGGACGACCUCCGGCGCGUCCACGCCGUCGCCGGCGAGGCCAGGCGCGCGGACGCCGCGCUCCUCAGCGCGACGGCGGCCCAGCGCGAGCUCUACACGGCCUACGACCAGGCCCAGUUCAAGGACCUCCCGGACCACCCGCUCAUCAGUGAGCUCGAGGCGUGCCUCGCGGCCCUCGACGGCGUGGACAAGACGAUCGAGGACCGUUCGCCCAGCGGCGCCGCCGUCAACGACUUUUUCAAGGCGCUCGCCUCGCUGGAGACCGUCGUGACGGCCCACCCCGAGGUGCAGUUCCCCGCCGAGGCCCUGGAGCCGGGCUGCGACUGGGACCGGCUCGCGGCGUCGACGCUCCGCGAGAGCCUCGCGGGCCUCGAGCGCUGCGAGCGCCGCAAGCGCCACGCGUUGGACCUCGCGGCGCUCGUCGAAGCGGGACUCGGCUGA